GACAACCCAGUCUGCCCAGUGAUGGAAAGUUAGAAACUGGAAAUGUACCUGGAUGCCACCCUGAGUCAGCCCAAACCGAAGCAUCUCUACAAAACACCUAGAUGUGAACAAACUGCCGUCCUCUGACAAAAAUAUUCCGUCUGAGAAUUUCUGACCAGCUGCGGCGCGGCUCCUGGGCUGGAAGAAAGGCGAGCAGAACGGGCAGGAGGAGAAAUGGUGCGAGAAGGCGGUGAAGAGCCUGGUGAAGAAGCUGAAGAAGACGGGGCAGCUGGACGAGCUGGAGAAGGCGAUCACCACGCAGAACAUCAACACCAAGUGCAUCACCAUCCCCAGGUCCCUGGAUGGAAGGCUGCAGGUGUCCCACAGGAAGGGGCUCCCCCACGUCAUCUACUGCCGCCUGUGGCGCUGGCCCGACCUGCACAGCCACCACGAGCUGCGCGCCAUGGAGAUGUGCGAGUUCGCCUUCAACAUGAAGAAGGACGAGGUCUGCGUCAACCCCUACCACUACCAGAGAGUGGAGACCCCAGUGCUGCCCCCGGUGCUGGUGCCGCGGCACACGGAGAUCCCGGCCGAGUUCCCGCCCCUGGAUGACUACAGCCACUCCAUCCCAGAGAACACUAACUUCCCUGCAGGUAUCGAGCCCCAGAGCAACUACAUUCCAGAGACCCCUCCUCCAGGCUACCUGAGUGAGGAUGGAGAAACCAGUGACCACCAGAUGAACCCCAGCAUGGAUGCAGGUUCUCCAAACCUAUCACCAAACCCCAUGUCUCCAGCACACAACAACCUGGACCUGCAGCCCGUCACCUACUGCGAGCCGGCCUUCUGGUGCUCCAUCUCCUACUACGAGCUCAACCAGAGGGUGGGGGAGACCUUCCACGCCUCGCAGCCCUCCAUGACCGUGGACGGCUUCACCGACCCCUCCAACUCGGAGCGCUUCUGCCUGGGGCUGCUGUCCAACGUCAACCGCAACGCGGCCGUGGAGCUCACCCGGCGCCACAUCGGCCGCGGCGUGAGGCUGUACUACAUCGGCGGGGAGGUGUUCGCCGAGUGCCUCAGCGACAGCGCCAUCUUCGUGCAGUCGCCGAACUGCAACCAGCGCUACGGCUGGCACCCGGCCACGGUGUGCAAGAUCCCGCCAGGCUGUAACCUGAAGAUCUUCAACAACCAGGAGUUCGCGGCGCUGCUGGCGCAGUCGGUGAACCAGGGCUUCGAGGCCGUGUACCAGCUGACGCGCAUGUGCACCAUCCGCAUGAGCUUCGUCAAGGGCUGGGGCGCCGAGUACAGGAGGCAGACGGUGACCAGCACUCCCUGCUGGAUCGAGCUGCACCUCAACGGGCCCCUGCAGUGGCUGGACAAGGUCCUGACACAGAUGGGCUCCCCCAGCAUCCGCUGCUCCAGCGUCUCCUAAGGAACCCCUGGGGCCCUGGGGAACGAGGACUGCAAGCCCUUAGCAAAGGCUUAGUAAACAACUCCCCAGUUACUCAAGCGAUGAGGAAAAAAAUCUGCUUCAAAAACAAACAGAAGUGGGUUUUCUUUGUUUUGUUGUUGUUUUUAAAUACCCAUUUAAGCCACUUCCACUGAAACUGUCGGCACUUUGGUCGGGCUGCAGUUGGAAUUUGGAGCUGGAGUUGGUGAGGAUGAAGAGCUGGAUGUUGUUUCAGUGGAGAGCAGGCACUGCUCACCUACCCCCAGGCUGUGUGUGGCACAGGAGCCAUCCCAGCUGCCAGGAAACUUCCCCUUGCCUCACACUGCUCCAGGCUCUGCAGCAUCCCAGGAACACCAGAGCCUGAGGGCUCCAGGGUGGGAACACCAGAGCCUGAGGGCUCCAGGAUGGGAACACCAGAGCCUGUGGGACUCUGGGAUGGGAACACCGGAGCCUGAGGGCUCCAGGAUGGGAACACCAGAGCCUGAGGGCUCCAGGAUGGGAACACCAGAGCCUGAGGGCUCCAGGAUGGGAACACCAGAGCCUGAGGGCUCCAGGAUGGGAACACCGGAGCCUGUGGGACUCUGGGAUGGCUCCUGCUCUUGAAUUCCUUCCCCACCCACCUGGUCCACACCGGUACUGCAGCAGCAGCGGGAAGGAGGCAUUUCAAACACCCAGAAGAAGGAAUUCCCCAGGAAUGUUCCGAAAAGGAAGGAAUUUCCCCCCCUGGACUUGCAGCAAGCAGGCAGAGCCUUGCCUGGUGCCCAGGGACGAUGCCCCCAAGGAUCAGCCUGGAUUCACUGGAGCCAAAGCCCACCCGGGGGCUCUCUGUGGUGUUGCUGCAGCGAUGUCUGACUGGAGCUGCUCCCAGAGGGAGGAUUGUCCCUGGGGAGCCGUGCCUGGAGCAUCAGGCCCAUUCUGUGCAGUGUGUCUGCAUUCACCCAGCAGCUCUGGGCUCUGCUUUCCCAGUCUGUGCCUCUGCAGAGCCCGAGGGGCUCCUGCCCAGGGGGAGCAGGGCUGGAGUGUCCAGGCCUGGCUGUGGAGCAGCCCUGGAGGGGGAGCCCGAGCUGUCACGUGCAGCAGCCAGGACAUCUCAGACACCACCAGCCCUCUGUGCUGUGGGAAACUGUUCCAGCUGAUGAAAGUGCUCUAAGAUGUGUUUUUGCCUGGAGGAAUUGGGACAGUGUGUAUUUACUUGUAUUAUAAAAUGUUCAUUUUAAACAUACAUGCUCCAGACUGUUUAAUAUUUUUUAUCCCUGCAGCAACUGUCGUGGCAAACAAUUUCCACAACUGGAAAAAACCCUUAGCACUUGUUUUUAUGGUUCACAUUUGCCAAAUAAGUCUCAUAACUUUGUCAGUGCUGUCCAAUUAUCUGUUUCUUUAUAUCUGCAGUGAAUAUCUUAUGCAUUUGUGCCAAAAUAUUAGAGGGGGAGGGGAGAAAGUGAUAAUCAGUUUCCUAUGGAAAUCUUUUUUUUUCUUGUUUUUUUAUCUAUGAAAGACAAACAAGCUGGCUGUGGGAAGGACUGACUGGGAUGGACUUGAGGAUGGUUUUGAUAAAGCUUUAGUCCUGCAAACUUCUGUGGGAGUGCCCUGAUCCACGGGGGGAGCUGACUGGAUCAAACACCAGCAGGAAUUUCCACGCUCCUCCCUUGCCAAGGCUCCUUCUCAGAGACCUCUGCCAGCCUCUCCUGCUUUGGCACAGCCUGGCACUGCUGGAGUGAGGGGACCCAGUGCCACCAGGGCAGGUCCCAGCAGAUGGAGGGAUGUUUGGGAGCUCCCUUCCAGAGACAGGAACUGCCUUGUUACACAUCUGCAAUGCGAGGAGGACUCUGAUGGUGGAUGUGCUCCUGUCACAGGACUCUGGGAUCUCCUCUGCCUGAAUCUGGACUGCAGCUGUUGGCUGCAGCACAGCACAAGCAGCACUGGAGGCUUUUGGAUGUUUGUUAAAUUCUGCAGUGUGUCUGAUCUGAGUUACAGGUCUGCCUGCACAGACUGGGGCAAGAAGAGAUCUGUAUAAAAUGGGAAUUUUUGGGCCUUUUACAAAGCAGGUCUGUUGUCACCAUGGAUUGGUUCAGAUACAGGUUUCUAACAUAGCUGUAAAGAAAAGUUUAUCCUGAAUUUUGUAGAAAUAUUUGACUUUUGGCUGUUUAAAUGAGAGGGGGAAAAAUGUGCUCUGUAAAAUGGCUCUGGGUUUCCUCCAUGAGUGUCUGAUUUGCUUAUUUUGGUGACAAAUGUUGUUGUUGUUUUUCUCAUAAUGACAGAGGAAAUUGGACUUGGGUGCCUCCUGCAUUAACCACAAAACGCCCUCUGAAAUCCCAGAGGGAUUACAGGUGAUGGUGUGAGCAGGAGCCCAGCCUGAUCCUGAGGGCACAAGUGGGAAUAAAUCCCAAUUUAAUAUGAAAUCUGCACACGGAGUCACCUCCUCAGCCACCCUGGAUUUCCGCUGGGAACCACAGCUACAGCCCCUUGCUAAAGGAUAAUUAAUUGCUGACCAAUAUUAAUUGAGGCCUUUUGAAACCCAGGAUUCAGAUGAUGCAUAAAAACUUUGCUUAAUCUCCCCUCAUCAUCUCUUAAGUGAAAUGACUUCCAGUGGAAAAUGUGAGCUGGCCCAGCAGUGCAGUGAGAUAAAGGGGAGAUUAUCUCCACUCCAGCAUUAAUUUCCUCUCCCCUUUGUUUGCUGCUCCCUGAUUCACGAGAGCUCUGUGGGUUCUGGAGUCCCCUUGGGGAGCCCAGCAGGGCCCUGGGCAGGGCUGGGGCUGAGCCAGGGAUGCCCACGCUGCCCUGGAUGCCCACGGUGCUGCAGGUGAGGUGAAUUCCUGUUCCCGUGGCCAGGGAGCAGCGAUUGGGCUGGCACUGCUGGGGGCAGCCCAGGCUUUGUUUGAUUUCUCCUAGAACUGAUUGAAGCAGCUUUGGUGUGGAGCUCAGAGGGAUGGGAGCAGCCUGCCCUGGCUCAGCUUGCAGCUCCAGGCUGGAACUUGCUCUCAUUUCAUGGCAGGCUGGGCUCGUUUCUCCAGGAUUUCACCCGGGUUUGUUCCUCCAGAGUCAGCAGCAGCAGGACCUUUGGCUCUUCCCUUGGUGUGGCUGCAGAGCACAGGACACCCUGUGCUUUCCCAGGCUCUGGUGGUCUGUUUAUUGUUAAUGUAUUGAAUGCAGGUUGUAUUUUGUGUUAAGCUUGUCUUAGGAGUAAUCCAGUGCUGCCCAUUUGACUUAAUCUCCAGCAAUCAGUGUGCAGAUGCACAAAGAAGGAGAAAUCCCAUGGUAAGGCAUUUCCCCGGAGCUCUGGCUGCCCCUGGGUGUCAGGAAAAGGCUGAGGGAGCCCUGAGUUACUCACAGUUUCCUCCCCCUUGCAUCAGCGUGGUUGAACCCUGCAGGAUCCUCUGUAGGUGAGGGAUGUUCAGUGGUGGCUCCUGUGCCUUGAGCUGCUUCCCGACUGGAAAAGCAGGAAAGCCCAGCCCAGGAAGGGCUUCAGCCGCAUGCACAGCACCCAGAGCUCUGAGGGUCCCUGAGGGGCAGCAGGAUGGAGUUCCAUGGCUCUGCUAAGCUGGGGUGAGAACCAGCCCCUCUCUGCUGGUGGCCUGAGAGGUGUGCUUGAGAAAUUCAAUGUUUUUUACUAUGUGCCUGCUUUUGUAUUUAUGUGUCUGUCUCGAAUAUUCAGAUGAAUCCAGUAUUUAAUUUUUAGCAGAAGGGGCAAUUAAGGACUCAGAGUAUUACAUCUUGCAUCUGCUCUUUGCUGAUGAUUGCUGGAAAUGAGGAGUUUGUGAUGUGAGACCAGAGCUGAGCACAAACUCCCCGAGCCCUCGGUAGCCGCGGUGCUGCUGCUGCACCAAGUCGGGGUCUCAGAAGGGCCCUUGGGGCUUGAUGGGGCUUUAAAAACCAAACCUGGUUCUCCAGAGCUGCUUGGGUCACCCUCUGCCCCUUCUGGAGCUGCCUGGGUCACCCUCUGCCCCUCAGCCCUGCCUGGGUCACCCUCUGCCCCCCCAGCCCUGCCUGGGUCACCCUCUGCCC